AUGCUGCUCAUCUCCUACGAAAAUACCCUGCUCCAGUCGAUCCUCACCGAGCGUAUCCUGGCAAACCCUCCACCCGCGCCAACAUCCAUCGAUCAGAUUGCUUCAGACUUCGACGGAGUGACUUUUCACAUCUCGACGCCGCAGUCAAAAAGCCAGAUCCAGGUCUCAUUACAGGUCAAGUGUUACAAAGAGCUUGUUGCCUACGGCGCAGAGGACGUGCUACAGCGGGAAUAUGGCGCGUAUAUCACCUCUCCCGAGGCCGGAUACGACUUUAGCAUCUUGAUAGAUCUGGAGAAGUUGCCAGCCUCACAAGAGGAGCGUGAAGAACUGGUGAGAAGGGUGUCCUUACUGAAGCGCAAUGUGAUGGCUGCGCCUUUCGAGAAGGCUUUUGCUGAAUUCGACGAGCUGUCAGAAGAGGCUGCGAAGUAUACGUCCGAGUCUGCGCCUGCCGGUGUCGCAGAAGGAGGAGAAGUCAAAGCAAUCCACUACCGCGAGGAGGAAGCGUUCUACAUUAAGGCAUCUCAUGAUCGAGUCACUGUCAUCUUCAGCACUCUCUUCAAGGAUGAAGUCGACCGCAUCUUCGGAAAAGUCUUCCUCCAGGAAUUUGUUGAUGCUCGACGGAGAGCGAUUCAGAAUGCCCCACAGGUCUUAUUCCGCUCAGAUCCGCCACUGGAGCUGCAGGGUAUGCGUGGAGUGGGAAAGACUGGUGAGAAGGGCGAGAUGGGCUUCAUCACAUUUGUUCUGUUCCCAAGACAUUUGAAGAAGGCCCGGAGAGCAGAGAACAUCAGUCAUAUACAGACAUUCAGGGACUACUUCCACUACCACAUCAAGGCGAGUAAGGCAUACAUUCACAGCAGGAUGCGGAGACGGACAGCGGACUUUUUGCAAGUGCUCAACCGUGCGAGACCCGAGAAUGAGGAGCGAGAGCGGAAGACUGCCAGCGGCGGCAUCGCCAAAACAUUCACCAAAGACCUCCUCAUUGACCCAACAACCCGCAACGUGACCGAUGUCAAACAUGUCGUCACGGCCGCCGCCUCCUCCAGCUCCGCUGACCGGGCGAGCGAAUUCCUCAAGGACUUAGGCAUCACCGACGCAAAAGGCUACGGCUCCUACGCCGAGCUCGCCAACGACCCCAACGUGGACAUCAUCUACAUCGCUACCCCUCACUCGCACCACUACCAAAACGCCAUGCUCUGCCUCGAAGCCAACAAGCACGUCCUUUGCGAGAAGGCCUUCACCGUGAACGCCGCACAAGCCCGCAAACUAGUCGACGUCGCCAAGUCGAAGAAUCUCUUCCUCAUGGAAGCCGUCUGGACGCGCUACUUCCCCCUCUCAAUUUACGUCCGCGACCUCAUCACCUCCGGCAAGCUCGGCACCGUGAGCCGCGUCUUCGCAGACCUCUCCAUUAACGCCAACCCGGAAGUCACCUGGGCGGAUGGCGCGAGCCGCAUGAUUAACAAGGACCUCGCAGGCGGUGCUUUACUGGACUUAGGUAUCUACGCUCUAACAUGGGUAUUCCAGACCCUCUGGCAUACUCAACCCCGCCCCGAGUCUGAACGCACCAAGCCCAGCGUCAUAGCUGCCGUGAAGCAGUAUGCGCCCACCGGCGUCGACGAGAUGACGACUAUGCUCCUCACCUUUCCGCGCCCGCAGUCCGAGGGUGGGGACGCGCACGGCAUCGCCACUACAGGCAUGAAAGCAGCGAGCGAUCCUGGUGGCGACCGGGAGGUCGGCGCUGCGCCGGCGAUAAGGAUUCAGGGUGACAAAGGGGAGUGUCAGGUCUAUCCCAUGGCGUUCCGGCCGUUGAAGUCGAGGGUGGUGUGGCAGGAGAAGGGAAAAGAGGCGGAGGUCAAGGAGUGGGAGCAUCCGGCGGGUGGGCACGGAAUGUUUUGGGAGGCAGAUGAAGCGGCUAGGGGGAUUGUGGCGGGGAGGAAGGAGGGCGGGUAUUUGGGUUGGGAGGAGAGUGUGUUGAUUAUGGAGGUCAUGGACGAGGUCCGGAAACAGGGUGGCAUUACCUACCCGAAGAAGAUCGAAACGCUCGACUACCCUGUUGAGCUGUGA